AUGGCUGCAAAAGUUUACAUUGUGUAUUACUCCAUGAAUGAUCAUGUGGAGACAAUAGCCAAGGAAAUACUCAACGGCGUUAAUUCUGUAGAAGGGGUUGAGGGAAAACUAUGGAAGGUACCUGAGACACUGCCAGACGAGGAGCUAGAUAGUCUAGGAGCAGCACGCAACUGUUGUGUACCAAUCAUUACCCCAACAGAUUUCAUUGAGGCUGAUGGUUUUAUCUUUGGUUUCCCAGCAAGAUUAGGAACAAUGGCUUCUCAGUUCAAAGGUUUUCUAGAAACCACUGAAUCUUCUGGGAAAAAGGGGCAUCUUGCAGGCAAGCCUGCUAGCUUCUUCUACAGCAGCGAUACUCCAGGGAUUGGGCAAGAGACUUCGGCAUUGACUGCUGUAACUCUUCUGGCUCAUCAUGGAAUGGUAUUUGUUCCAAUCGGUUGUGCAUUGACGGCUGAGGUGGAAGUGAAUGGUGGAAGUCCAUAUGGGACAACAGCUUAUACUGGUGAUGGCUUUAAACAGUCAGCAUUCCAUCAAGGAAAACGUACCGCCAAGAUUGCUAAGCAGCUCAAGGAAUCUGGCAUUCAUAAGAAACUGCUAGAAAAUGACUGGUGA